GGGGUGGAGUCUGCCCGCCCUUCCCGCCCGGGGCUGCCGGUGUUGCUGGAGGCGGCACCGUCCCACAUAAAACCGUCGGCACCUUCGCACUGAGUCCUGCGGCCGCCUGCCCUCGGCGCUCCCUGCCAUGGCUCGGCGCCUCAGCCCCGCCAGCUGAACCCCGGCAGCCCCCGCGUCCUGCAGGGACCGAGCCGGCCGUGACUCCGCGGCCCUGUACCCCGGCCUGCCGCCCUCCGCCUGCUGCGCCGUCCCGCUCCGCCCGCAGAAGCGCUGCCCGGGGCAGAAGACACUGUCCUGCCCGUCUGUGCAUAAAGCCCGCCUUCCCCUUCCUUCCCUCGCCGCGAUCGCACCUUCCCGCCUCCUGCCCCGGGGCCGGGCGGGCUCGCUCCCCGUGCUCCGCCGCCGCUGUCCCCGCCGAGGAUGCGGGUGUCGCUGCUGAGCCCGCUGCUCCUGCUGUCCCUCAGCGCCGGCCCGCACGCCGCGGAGCUCCCGCUCGCCCGCGCCAAGUGCCCGGCCCGCUGCGAUGUCUCCAAGUGCCCCAGCCCCAGCUGCCCCAGCGGGUACGUCCCCGACCGCUGCGGCUGCUGCCUUAUCUGCGCCGCGGGCGAGGGGGACUCCUGCGGCCGCAAGGAGGACCCGCCCUGCGGGGACAGCCUCGACUGCCGCUACCCCAUGGGCAAACGCUUCGCCAAGGGCGUCUGCCAGUGCAAGCUCAGCGCCCAGGUGUGCGGCAGCGAUGGCCGGACCUACGACAACAUCUGCCAGCUGAAGGCGGUGAGCCGCAAGGCGCUGCAGCACGGGCUGCCCGCCGUCGCCCAGGUCCAGAAAGGAGCCUGUGAAUCGGGUCACCUACAGUCCAGCAGCCCAAGAUACAAAUUCAACUUCAUAGCAGAUGUGGUGGAAAAGAUUGCACCUGCAGUUGUACACAUUGAACUUUUCCUCAGGCACCCUCUCUUUGGUCGAAAUGUCCCCCUUUCCAGUGGAUCUGGGUUUAUUAUGUCUGAUUCUGGUCUAAUUGUGACCAAUGCCCACGUGGUGUCAAGCACAAAUGCAAUAUCAGGGAGACAACAACUGAAGGUACAGCUCCAGAAUGGAGAUACCUAUGAAGCAACCAUCAAAGACAUUGACAAGAAAUCUGACAUUGCAACAAUAAAGAUUCACCCUAAGAAAAAACUACCAGUAUUGUUACUGGGACACUCUGCUGAUCUGAGGCCAGGAGAAUUUGUGGUGGCAAUUGGAAGUCCAUUUGCCUUGCAGAACACUGUGACAACAGGUAUUGUCAGCACUGCUCAGCGAGACGGCAAAGAACUGGGCCUGCGGGACUCGGAUAUGGAUUACAUUCAGACAGAUGCUAUUAUUAAUUAUGGCAACUCUGGAGGACCUCUAGUUAACCUGGAUGGUGAAGUGAUUGGGAUUAACACCUUAAAGGUCACAGCUGGAAUUUCUUUUGCUAUUCCUUCAGACCGUAUCACUCAGUUUCUCACAGAGUCACAUGACAAACAAAGUAAAGAUGGGAAGAAACGUUUUAUUGGCAUCAGAAUGCUGACAAUAACACCAGCCUUGGUGGAAGAACUGAAGCACAAUAAUGCUGAUUUUCCCGAUGUCAGAAGUGGAAUUUACGUACACGAGGUUGUUCCAAACUCCCCUUCUCAUAGAGGAGGGAUCCAAGAUGGAGAUAUUAUUGUGAAAGUCAAUGGGCGUCCUUUGAUGACUUCCAGUGACCUGCAAGAGGCUGUGAUGAAUGAAUCACCUCUACUACUUGAAGUUCGAAGAGGAAAUGAUGACUUGCUAUUUAACAUUGAGCCUGAAGUUGUCAUGUAAAUAGAAUUGAGGAAGCUCUCACCAUAAUUAAACUCACUUAUUCUGGAACACUAGAUACCUCCUUUACAGCUACAGUAAUUAUACUUCCUGUUGACUAAUGACAAGGUGGACUAACUUAAUUGCCUGAGCCAUUUCUGUACAUAGUAGCUAGAAUGACUUCAAAGAUGCCAUUUAUAGAAGAUUUAAAUUUCAAAGAAGCUUAAGAACUGUGUUCUGGGGAGGAGGAGAAAAAAAAUUUUGGGUAGCUGGUAGAAAUGGGUCCCACUUCUUGUACCUGCAGAUUCAGAGCAGCCUCAGUUCUGCAUUUUGAAAGAUCAAAGUACUGCUGGAAGUGAACACCCCAAAUACAAUGAACAAAUUUGAGGGAAGUUUAUGAAAGGGGGAAUUAUUCUUAAACUACAGUCGUGGCUGCAGCAGACCCAAGAUAUUGCAAUGCAAAAUUGAGCUGCUUUUUCGUUUUUUUUUUAUGUAACUUUUUCAAUGUGAACCUAUUAUUGGAAAAGCUUGUAUUUGUUCUUAGCGCUUCUGUGCUCCAUGUCCAUGCAGGCAGAUUAAAUCUGUAAAUAUUGAAAGGAACAAAAAUGGUAUCAGGCUAUAGAGUGUUACACCUAGGUCAUGCGAUUUUUGGAAUAUAGUAAAUGAUUCUUAUAGAAUUAAUGCCUUAUAUAUAAAUCAAAACGAUGUGCUGAACAAAGUUAAGUUUGAGAAAGUGCACAGUUUUUUAAGAAUUUGAUACAAACUUGUUUUGCAUUUUUACUGGUAAGCUUUGCUGUAAAAUUGUUACACUACUUACGGCUUUGACUGGGUAUGUUUCUACUGUAAGGAGAUUAAAGUUUACACAAAUAA